AUGAGACUAAAAAAUGAAACAGAAACUUGGGAAUUCAUUCUUCUGGGCUUUUCUAAUCAUCCUAGACUGGAACCCUUCCUCUUCACCCUCUUCCUCUUCAUAUACAUCGUACUCCUGUUGACUAACCUUGGCAUUAUUUCCCUGGCUACAGUAGAUCCCCAUUUACAUACUCCCAUGUACUUUUUCCUUCAACAGCUGGCCUUUCUGAAUAUUUGCUAUUCCACUGCUGUGGUACCCAAAAUGCUGUCCAACCUGAUAUCCACAAAGAAAACCAUAUCCUAUAAUUUGUGCAUGGCACAAACUUAUAUAGCCCUCUUUCUGGGAGCUGCAGAAUGUCUUCUUUUGGCUGUAAUGGCUUUUGAUCGCUAUGUAGCAGUGUGUCACCCCUUGCGUUACUCCAAGAUCAUGGACAACCGCACCUGUGUGAAACUUGCAGCUGUCUCUUGGACUGCCAGCUUUCUAGUUUCUGUCAUUCCCCUCUUCUUAACCUUGCCCCCUCUUUGCAAACCUUACAUCAUUAACCAUGUUUUCUGUGAGGCCCCCGUCCUGCUGCAUAUGAUCUGUACUGAUACAUCCUUAAAUGAGCUCCUGAUGUUAGUGGGAGGUGCAGGCACAUUAAUGUUGCCCUUCUUCUUAAUACUAAUUUCCUAUGGUUAUAUCAUUGGUGCUAUCAUUAGAAUACGAAGUACUGAGGGCAGGCGCAAAGCCUUUUCCACAUGCUCUUCUCAUCUCACAGUGGUAACAAUUUAUUAUGGGACAGGUAUGUUCAUGUACAUGAGGCCAAAAUCCACAUACUCCGCUGAGAAUGAUAAACUGAUUUCCAUAUUUUAUGCAGUCAUCAAUCCCAUGCUGAACCCUAUUAUAUAUAGUUUCAGGAAUAAGGAAGUUAAAGCAUCAGUAAAGAGAACCAUUAGGAAGAAUACAUUGACCAAGGCUUACUAG